GACGCUCGCUGAGGAGGCCCGGUUCACCCCCCGAUCCUGAGCGGCCCUGAGCUGGGGCUACGGAAGCGGGCUGUGAGUCCCGGCGGCAGAGGAGGAAAGCAGUGGGCGGCCUCGGCGCUCCCCUUGACGGGGUCGGCGGGAGGAUGAGUGCAGCCCGAGAAUCCCACCCGCACGGGGUGAAGCGCUCAGCCUCCCCUGACGACGAUAUUGGUUCUAGCAACUGGGAGGCAGCUGACCUGGGCAAUGAAGAGAGAAAACAAAAGUUCUUAAGACUAAUGGGAGCUGGAAAGAAAGAACACACUGGCCGUCUUGUUAUAGGAGAUCAUAGAUCAACAUCUCACUUCAGAACAGGGGAAGAAGAUAAGAAAAUGAAUGAAGAACUGGAGUCACAGUAUCAACAGAGUAUGGACAGUAAAUUAUCAGGGCGAUAUCGGCGACAUUGUGGACUUGGCUUCAGUGAGUUAGAGGAUCCUGAUGGGGAAGGUGACGCUGCUGGAAAUGAUGAUGAUGAUGAUGAUGAUGAUUCACCUGACCCUGAAAGUCCAGAGGACUCUGAAAGCGAUUCAGAGUCUGAGAAAGAGGAAUCUGCUGAAGAACUACAAACUGCUGAACAGCCAGAGGAAGUGGAAGACCCCAAAGCUAAGAAGGAUGCAAAGAGCAAUUACAAAAUGAUGUUUGUUAAAUCCAGUGGUUCAUAACUCCGAAUGUGUGAUUAGUCUUUGUAUUCAAAGUAAGCCUUAUUGUUAUAAUGCACAGUGGAGGACUGCUUCUAUAGCACAGACCUUUGUAUUAUAAUUUUAAAAAAGGCCCUUCUUUUAAAUAAUUACAAAGAGUGUUUGCUUUCAGAUGCCAUGAAUUACAAUUUUAUGGGCAUGAUUAUAUCCAUUUUUGUAAAAUAUAAGAGUUGCAUUGUACAAAAGACAAAUAAAUAUGAUUCCCAGCUUCCUUUCACAUUAUCAUCAUCUACCCUCUAACUACUCUUUCCCUCUUCCUCCCCCCACUUUUUUUAGUUCCUUCUAAUGAAAUUAUGUGGUUCCCCAUUGUUGAAACUUCUUAGGAUUAUUUUGUGGGUGUUUCUGUUUUUGAUAGCUGUAUUUUUUUUUUAAUUUUAUUUUAUUUAUUUAUUUAUUUUUUUUGGUCCCUGAUGUUUUCCUCCUACAAAGUUCAUUUGAUAAUGUGAUGGUGCAUUUAUGAGAAAAAUACCUCUUUAAUUAUAAUUCUUUGAUGUAGAACUGUU